UGUCGAGUUCGGUUGCGUUCACAUUAUUAUUUCGUGGAAAACCACGUGUACACAUGGUAACACCAAAAAUAAUUUUGCAAGAGUGACACAUGAAUGUCAUUUUCAGUCAAUGAAAAGCCGCAAAAAAGUAAACAAAAAGGCAAACGACUUGUUGACUCAAAAGAACUGUUUUUUAAAGCAGAAUGUCCAGCGAAUACUUUCUUAAACAAACGAUCGACUGUAACCAGGGCUCUGUCAGAGCUGUGCGCUACAAUGUUGAUGGUUCAUACUUGCUAACCUGUGGUUCCGAUAAAAAGCUGAAAUUGUGGAAUCCUUUGACUGGCUUACUAUUGAAAACGUAUGGAGGUCAUGCAAAUGAAGUUACUGAUGCGGCUGGCAGUUGUGAUAGUUGCUUCAUCGUAUCGGCAAGUCUCGAUAAAAGUAUCAUCUACUGGGACGUUCCAACCGCACAACCCUUGCGUCGAUUACGUUGCCAUGCUGGUGGUGUGAAUUGUGUACGCUUUAACGAAGACUCUGGUCUGGCGAUAUCUGGCGGCAAGGAUAAUAUGGCCAUGUGUUGGGACAUCAGAACAAGAAAACAGGAACCAAUUCAAGUCCUAAAUGAUGCCAAGGAUUGCAUUACAUCAAUUGUGUGCAAUGACCAUGAAAUAAUAACAUCGUCGCUGGACGGUUGCAUACGGCAUUACGAUAUACGAGCUAGUCAGAUGACCUGUGAUUCUAUUGGUCCGCCCAUUGUGCACAUGGUUCAGACCAAGGAUGGUCAAUGCAUGAUAGUUGCUUGUGCCGAUAAUGUGCUGCGAUUGAUUGACAACGAUUCCGGUCAAAUUUUGGCUGAAUACAAGGGGCACAUAUCGGAAGACUUUCAAAUCGAGUGCGGUAUUUUGGCUGGUGAUUCGAAGAUUUGUUCGGGAUCGGCGGAAGGCUGUGCGAUAAUAUGGGAUUUGGUGGAUGAAAAAGAAGUUGCACGAAUUAAAAUGGGAGGUGGAGUAGUUCAUUCACUGACGACACAUCCGACUGGCAAUGAUAUUGUGUUCGCUAGAAAAAGAGAAUUUCAAGUUUGGGGACUCGAUUGAACUUAAAAUGGGAAAACCCGAUACAACCUCAACAUAUUGACCGACACGCAGUGAAUACAGGGCCAGGAGGAAAUUGUAAACAUGCAGUGAUGGAUGUUACAAGU